AUGGGCAAAAGAAAGAAUCCAGAUGCAUUCGUUGAACACACAGACACUCCUUCCAAGCGCCGAAGGAAAUCCAUUGACACACCCCUCACAAACGGAGUACGCGAUAGCGAAGCCGAGCUUCAAAAAAGUCACUUGAGAGGGAUUCCUAGGAAGAAUGGUACUACUCUGACUCCGAUAAAGAGCAAGUCUAGGGCAAAAGCCCGGUUGGAAGGAGAAGAGGACGACGACAACGGCAGCCCAACUCCCAAGCCCAAUGGUCGCACGCUUUUUGCUACUCCCAAGAACGGCAAAGCCGUCUCCGAGACACCAUCAAAAUCCAAAAAGGCUGAUCGAUCUGCAAAGAGGAAAAGUGCUCAGCUUCUCGCGCAGAGACAAGAUGAGGAUGAUUGGGACGGCCAAGACUCUCUAGCAAGGGCCAUUCUCGAAGACGAUGACAAUGAAGAGGAGGAAGACCCUGACGCUGUGGUGAGGCAAACCGUCGAAGGUAGUGCAAACCAAGGUGUUGCGAUCCCCGUAAGAACCCCAAACAAACGAGGAAGGCCCAAAGGUGCAAAGAACAAAAGAUCACCCACCCCAGAAGGGGACAUUCCCCCGGAAGAGCGUUACUUUUUCCAAAAUCGAAGCGGUCCACCACAAAUAUCGAACAACAAAUUCAAUUCGGUCAAGUCAUUGACUUAUGACGAAUACCAUGAGCAUAUACAAGCGUUGUCGGAUAAUCACGAGCGAGAAAGGUCGCAAUUGAUGAGGCUACAUGCAAGAUCAUUUCCCCAGUGGCAGUUUGAGUUUGCACAAGGCUUUGGACUAUGUCUCUACGGAUAUGGUAGUAAGCGUAACCUUGUCAACGAUUUCGCCGAGUGGCUUUACAAACAUUCCAGAAGGCAGCCGAGGAUUGUCGUCGUUAAUGGUUACACACCAAAAUUAAAUGUGAGGGGGAUCAUCAAUGCCAUUGCUUCGGCUUUGGUGGGCGAGGAAGAGCGCGCCUUGAGGCUGGUUGGUCAACCUCAAGAAAUGGUCGACAGCUUGUUCUCUUACAUGGAAGAACAUCCGCCUCAUGACCAGCUUGUGCUCAUGGUCAAUUCAAUUGAUGCCCAGUCCCUUCGACGUUCAUCGGCACAAACGAUUUUGGCGCGUCUUGCAGAACAUACACUCAUCACGUUUCUCGCCACUGCUGAUUCUCCCACUUUUCCGACAUUGUGGAAUUCAUCCCUACUUGAUCAAUUCAAGUUUGUCUUUCAUGAUUGUACAACCUUUGCCCCUUACACCGCCGAAAUCAAUGUGGUUGAUGAGGUGCAUGAACUACUCGGACGCAAGAAACUUCGUGCUGGUGGAAAAGAUGGUAUUGGCUUUGUGCUCAAGUCCCUGCCUGAAAAUGCACGUAAUCUCUAUCGAGUCUUGCUCUCUGAGAUUCUGGCUAUCCUUUCGGACGGUAUGGACGGAUGUUUUGAUGACGACGACGACGAUAAACGCCCGGCUAAAAAGUCACAAAGAGAAGAAGCAGAAGAAAUCGGUAUCGAAUACCGAACCUUGUAUCAGAAAGCCUCGGAGGAGUUCAUAUGUUCAAGUAGUAUGAACUUUCAAUUCUUGUUGAAAGAGUUUCAUGACCAUCAGAUGAUUACAAGCAAACGGGACACCAGCGGCACUGAACUGUUAGGAGUGCCACUAGCGAAGGAGGAAAUGGAAGCUGUCUUGGAAGAGCUAAUUCUCUAA